GAGGGCGAGGGCCGGUGGUACGACCUGGAUGCAGAGAGAGUGAUGGAGAAUGGAGAGGUGAAGGGCACUGCGAAUCCAACAGGAGACUCUUUGCUGCUUGAAUGCCGCUUUGAGUUACCAUGGGGCAAAAAGGCCAAAGAAAGGGCAAGGAAGAAAGCUCUGGAACCAGUGCUUCCCAACGGCCCGUGUGGCAAAGGGGAGACUGGCCAAGCUUCCGCCUCCACUGUUGGGGCUGGAGGCUUGGAUGCUGCCCCUUCCUCCUCCCUCUCUCCACCUUCCUCCUUCAUGGGCAACGUGUCAGCCGCCCGCCCAAGUAUCUCCACUGUUAAGCUUCUCAAUACUGUUACGUUUGAAACUAUUGAAACUGGCACUGACAAUGAGGAGGAUGAUGAUGAUGAGUGUCUGGACUCGUCGAUGCCAUCUUUCAAAUCCAACCUUCUUACCGCCACUGCCUCAGAGACCGUAGACUCCGGCAUUGGCAAUGAUGAAUUAGGUGCUGAAAGUAGCAUUUCUAGAUUUCUUAGUAAAAGUGAUGAUUUUAAAAUUGAGUCAAGUGAAACUGUAAGUGAAACAGAUAUGAAUGGGUCAUCAUUUAGAUUUAGUUUUCAAAUACCAUUGUCACAAAAACAUACAGAACUCGCAUCCCCAGCCAGUGAUGAGAAGGCGUUUACAUGGAACUCUGAAAACAGUGUCUCUACCUAUGCAAUAACUGAAUCUAGCCCAAAAGUUACACUUGUUACUACAAAAUUUGCUUCAUUGUCAGUGUCAUCCCCAGAUAAAGACCUCCCUUGUAAAACUUUCCCUGAAACCUCCAGUCCAAGUGCCACACCCUCCUCAGGUAUAUUCAACAUCAAACUCCUGAAAGAAAAUCUUUUAAGAGAAAGUGAAGGACUAGACCCCUUGCAACCAUCACCUAACUUGGAGGAUUCAUCUUCUACAUGUAGUUAUCUAACACUGUCUGGUUCUAGUGGUUUCUUUUCUAAGUCUAGUGCUACCGACGAGGUACCGUCCCCUAAGACCUCGCCGACAGCUGAGACAGAAUACCCCACUGAAGUCAAUGGUGAUGUACCCUCCAGCACUUUCAGCUUCCUUAGGUCUCCUACGCGGGCUGAACCUACAGCCCAUGAUGCUUCUUCCUUACAGGAAGUCACCACUGAUUCCACUGAACAAGCUUCUAGCACAGAAUCUUUUGGACGUACAAGGUUCUCUUUCCUUACAAAAGCUUACCUCCCACCUGUGGACAGUUCAAGUGAGGAGACUGGGACCACAACAGAGCUUAGGUGGUCACCCUCCUCGGAGAAACCCAUCUCGUCGCCUACAUCAGGAUUCACCUUCUCUUUCUCAAGGACCAGUGAAGCUUCCGCUACCAUGCUUACGAGUGCCACCGCCACACCCAUCAUCAGCACUUCCAUAACUUCUACACCUCGAGAGAAAUCCCGAUUUUUCUCCUUCCUAAACCUAAGACAUUCCCCCGGAUCAGAAUCACCACCUUCACUGGCUAGUAGUACUGGUGAAAAAGUUUGUCCCCCUGGAAAUAAUCACAAGCUCAAGCUGGAAAGUACUAAUAAAAUAAGUGGUGAUGAAGCAGUUAAAGUUGAAAAGUCUGGGAAACUUCUUUCUGAAAAGAGUCGGAAAGGGGCCACAGAAACCAUUCAAUCAGGAGAGCAAAAGAAAGACCUGGAGGAGACGGAGGCACAGGAGUUGCAGAGAAAAUUGGAGAUACUCAACCACAUCAUGGAUCAGGAGACACGUGGUGCACCAGGGGCCACAAGAAACCCCCAGCUCAAUCUAAUGUCUGGAAUGUCUGAAGACAGUGAUUACACAAGUGACAUCAACUACCCUGUGGGCCAGCACCCCAACUCUUCCGCCUCGCAGUUCCUCGCCGUCGCCAACCAGAUGUCCACACCACAGAGAUCCUUAGAAAACAGUAGAGAAAAUUCAUACGAGAGGGAUGACGGUGGUCAGUACGGCGGGGAGCUGAGUCUACAGGAAGGUUAUAGUGAAAGAUAUAGUUCAGUGGCAGGAGACAAGAGCAGGACCGACUUCUACGAUGAUUACACCAUGGAACACAACAAGAAGAAUGAAGGACAUGUGCAGACAGGUGUUGGUGAUGAGGACCUCUCCUACAAUAGUCGACCAAACAACAGGAAAGAUUAUAGGUAUCGCCCGGAUCCGUGGGAUGACGAUAUCAGCCCAGUGAGCAGCUACUAUAGUGCAUACGAGUCUGCCUCCGCUGGACAGGGUGCACCCGUAGACGACUCUGUGCCCUCCAGAACCUCCUCAAACAAUGCCAGAGGGAAGCUCACUAGAGGGAACACGCGGAGGCCAAGCUUGGAAAGACAAACUACACUGUAUGACGACCAGGGCGGAGGGACAAGAGGGGACGGGACCAGUCGAGAAAACAGGUACUCUAACUACCAUAGCUACUAUCACCAAUACUCCUCCAGCCAGGAUGAUGCCAGUGCACCAACAGGAGAAACUGAUUAUGACUACGACAGCAAGACGGCCAAAGAUGAGCAAACAGAUCUCGGGUACCAGAAUGAUCAAGAGGGUUGGUAUGACAAGGACAAGAUAGAUGGGUAUUAUGGUGAAUAUGGUAAAGAGUGUAGUAAAGAUGAAGGUUACCAGAAUGAUAAGAAUGAUGAUGGCUAUGCUGGAGAACAGUAUGACAUGUAUGGUUAUGACCAGUAUGGGCAAUAUGCAGAAUAUGACCAGUAUUACGGGUAUGAUAAAACAGGUGAAAACUAUGAUUAUAGCCAAUAUGGAUACUAUGGGGAAGAUGGAUGGACCUACUAUCAGAAUUAUGAUGGUUAUUAUGGGUACUAUGAUGAAGCUGGUGUCUUUCACAAUUAUAAUGAGAAUUAUAAUUAUGCUUAUCGUAGUAAUGAGCAUUUGGACUCAAUGGCAGAAAUGCAAGGUGAUGGUAGCAAAGUGCCGGUUACUUCCAAGAUGAUCACUGCACCCUCCAGCCUCGCUUCAGUCUACACUACUACCACCUCGGCCAUCACCACUACUAAAGCCCUCAGUUCGGUGCUCACCACCACCACAUCCUCCUCCACCACCACAAAGCCUUUGGGUAACCAUGUAGCACCCACACAAAACACACAACAUAAACCUGAUGGUGGCUUAUUUAACAAGCUACUUCCGCAACUCCCUAUCUCCCUUUCAUCCACUCACACCACCACCACCACUGCUGCUACCAUCACUGCCACCACCACCACAGUCACCACCACACAAUCCAGCCGCCCGUUUAUGCAGUUAACCGUUCCACAGGCUCAGCCACACUUAGCACAACAGACAGCACAGCAGCGGGCAGCUCAGCAACAAAAGCAGCAAGCUAAGCCUGCUGGUGGUGGUUUUGGACUAUUUGGUAGUAUUGGUAGUAUGAAUAAAAAAGGUGGCCUUUUUAAUGCCAUGUCUGGCAUAACGUCCAAGAUGAGUGACACAUUGAACACAGCUGUUAAAGAAGUGUCUGCAACAGCUGCUGCAGCUGCACAGCAAGCUAAUGUUGCAGCUCAUCAAACAACAAAAGCAGCAACAGCAAAAGCAGCUGCAGCAGCUAGAGGUGCAGGUGUUGUCUCAUCACACCCAACAGCAGUGCCUACCACAGCUGUGACUACAACUCACAAAACUACGGUUCCUCAUUCUGCGAAACCCUCUUUAGCCGGAACAAGAAUGACCUUGACCAAACAGGAGAGUGUGAGAAGUGAUAAAAUGCCUGGAGAUGAUGCAGAAAGACGAUCUUUGGCUACACUUCCAGAAACCUCAGAUCCUACCUACCAGACAGAUUCCCUUGACCAGGCCUCUUUAUGGCAACAAGAGAGCUAUGAGACAGCACACACAGACAAAUCACAGCAUCGACAAGACAGCUUUGAAACUGCACCUGAUGAUUCCAUCUGUGAUGAAGAGGAGCGUGGUCGUGAUGACUACUAUGAUGAUUAUUAUGAUGAUCGGUGGCCUAGAAGACCUUAUGACUCACGUGACCCAUACUACGAAGACGAUUACUACGACGAUGACCGCCGUUCUCGAUACUAUGAGGAUGACGACUACUACAGAGAUUCCUUCGAGAAUGAUGAGGCGUCAAGCAUUGUGGAUACUGAGCGAGGCCUACCUCGUUACCCAUCUCAGGGUUCAGAGGAAAGAUUCGUGGAGGGGGACGCACAGUAUUCUACUGAAUAUGAAAGUGGCACAGAGUCCAGGGAAGCCGUCAAUGCAAGGAUUGAACCAUACCCUGGAGACCUUAGCAAGGCAAAAGAGGAGAAGCCAAAGGAGUCUAAGAUCAUUGAUUUCGACAUGAAGACUCGGACGGAGCACGCGAUGGCUGAGAGUGAUACCACUAAGGCACCUGCAGGGAAAGGGAGGCCCACAGAAGCCUCUGCAGAUAAAGAGAGCAAAAAGAUGGGUUUCGAGGCAAAAAUGAUGCAGAUUACGAAAACUGUGCCCUCGGCAGCGGCCUCUGAGAAGGUGAACAUUUGCAUGCUUUUCCUGCAUGCAUAUUGAAUUGAUUUGCCAAGAGUAAACAGAAUGGUGUUUACUAAUAAAUAUAUAUAUUUUGAGGAAAUGUAGAUAAUAUUAAUUAAUAGUUGUCCUUGAAAGGACCACCCUUUUAAUUUUGUAAUGGAAAGUUAGACUUUUUGUCAAUAUUGUUAUCAAAACCUGUGUACAACACAUCACAGGGUGAGGAAGUAAGGGAGAAACCACCACAAGUCAAGCUUCAGGUUCACCCUGAUGUUAAAGAGCUUAAGCAAAAGCCUCCAGUACAGUGUGAGGGUCAGUCUCAGAUUCCUGAAAGUAUUCAUGGCCAAACCCUGGACCAAUCUGAUGCCCAGCUUGAGACUAAAGCUGCAGGACAAACUAAAUUGGAAAAGAAAAUACUGGAUGAAUUAUCUGGUGAAGCUCAGGAACAUGUUAAAAUGAAUAGGAGUAAACAGCUAAAUUUUGAAGCUAAACUUAGAGAACUACAACAGGGCCAACCAACCCACUCUUCUCAAGCACAGGUGAAUAGUGCUGUCAGUUUAAUACUUUUUAUAUAUGUGUACGAAAAAGAACCAUUUCUUGGAAUUUUUUAGAACAUCUGAAGCUUCAUUUACCUUCUACAAGGUUUUCAAGCAAGACACUCUUACUUGAGUGAUUACAAUAUUCUUUUUUAAAUUUAAGUCUCUUCUUGGGGCAUGUUGAGUGACUUUAAAGUGGGCCGCGACAAAGCAUGCUAUUCCAAUCGCUUCUUGCAUGGCAAGCACGAAAACUGAACUUGGCGGGUUUCUGGGCACUCGCUGCCAAACCAAUGCCGUCACUCUGUCCCACAUAUUUCUCUCUUGUUCAACAACACUUAUGAGUUUUAAAUACUUGUGGAGUUUCAGAAGGCUGUACCGACAUCCUCCUCUUUGUUAUCUUCUCUGUUGAGUCAAGAAUUAUUCUUAUCAUUCUAAAUACCCUCUUGACAUUCAGAGGGUUACUAUGAACGCAUGUCAUCAUUAUUAUUAUGGAGAUACCUGACUUUCUCAAUGAACUGUAUGUAUGUCAUGGGAAGAGAUUAAUUUGACCUAACAUGCAAGCACUUAAGCAUGAGAAUCUUGAUGAAUGUUUUACUCUUAACUAUCUUGGGCCUUAAGCAGUGGAUUUUUUGCUCUUGUUAUAUAUCUUCUAUAAACUUUAAAAAGAUUUAAUAUAUUGCUUGAUUAUUUUAAAAGUUUACUUCAUAAUUUUAAAAUACAUUUAUUUAUUGCUUAUAGGUACAGAACUAUAGAUUUAUUUUAGAGUAUAUUUUUUUUAGGCUUUAAUAAUGCUGUACAUGUAUACAGUAUAAAUUUUAUACAUUGCGAAGCAUAAUGUUACACAUUAAAUAGUCAUACAUGCAUAUUAAUACCUUGAAAAUAUAAGAUUGUGACAUCACACACACAC